AUGCAGAGCAAAGAAUCGAACGGAGAGGCGCUUUUCGCCGAACUAUCUAAUGGCUGUCUCAUGCCGGCGCUCAUGUUUGGCACUUACCAGAUCGCCUCACGGACGCAGGUCGACUCGGCGGUCGGCGCGGCGGUAGAGUGCGGCUACAUCGGCUUCGACGAUGCCGACUAUUACAAAAACGAAGAGCUGGUUGGCCACGUGCCGGAAGUGAAAAACGUGCUCGACGCCGUGGCAUUGAAGCACGGUGUUUCAUACACCGCAGUGAUGCUGCGGUGGCUGCUGCAGCGCGGCUUCACGGUGUUGCCGCGCUCGGGCAACCCGCAGCACAUUUGCGACAACAUCAAAUGCCAGCAGAUCGAACUCAGCGACGAAGAAAUGCAGCAGAUAGACAACAUCAAGUUUCGCCACCGCGUGGUCACAGAUCCGGAUGUCAUUGACUAG